UCGCGGCACUCAAUCUACUACGCAAAGCAUAGGGAUGAAAGAAAUAGACGGCGUCGCGAGAAAUACCAUAAUGAUCCUGAAUAUCGCCAAAAGUUAUUGGACGAAAGGAAGGCUUUUCAUGCAGAUCGAUACAAAGAUGUAGAGUGGUAUAGACUUUCUGAAUAUGCUCGGGUCAAACGCUCACAAGACCAAAGACUGGCGGACCAUGCUCUCCGCCAACAACACAAUGCCCGUACGAGUAAACAGCAACGCCAGCGUCGUCAGACCGAUCCUCAACUGGGUUUCUACCAAGGCCUUCACACAUGGUACAUGUAUCACAAACAUCGGUUCCAUGAAUAUGUCUGGGAACACUGGCAGCCCAUCGUUUAUCCAGAAAAGGUUGAGAGAGCCUGCGCUGCUUGUACACACACCAGAAUCAAUGGCAUUCGCCUCUGGUUCGAACGUAAAAGGCAUUCCGACUCUGAUCCCGUCUUAUACGAUUGCUUUCAAUGCUACUCCAAAUCCAAGUGGUCCAAGAUUGCACCACUGAGAGCGAGUGGUAAGUCGCGCUUCUAUCGACCUAGCAACCCAGCAAUUCUCGCUAUGCUCGAAGCGCGAGAAAAGGAAUAA